AGUCUCCUCAUGGCUCUUGUGCUUUGGCUGAUCCAUGUGAGCGAACAUCUGGCAGAAUAUUUCAGCCCUUUCCUCAUCCCAGCUUCUCUGCUCCCAUGGCCUCAUUCUCCAGUGAAAGCUCGGGAUGCAGAUCUUACAUCAGGGCACAGUUGCACCACCAUAGCUCUGCUGCCAAGAUUACAGCCAGAGGAACUCGUCUAGCUGGCUGCUCUUUUAGGUCACAAUGUCUCUGGUGACCCCAAGUGACAGUAUUCCCAUCCCUGGGAAUUCCCAUUCCCCUUCCUGCUGCUGUCCUGUGUCACCUUCCCUCAGGAACAGCGGCGUCACUGUUUGUGGGGACACACCACAAAUCACACCAAAGGGUGGAAAAUCCCCCACAGGGACAGCUGAUGGCUUAAGCUGAAGGAGAGCAGGGUUAGAUGGGAUACUGGGAAGAAAUCCUUCCCUGUGGGGGUGCUGAGGCCCUGGCACAGGGUGCACAGGGAAGCUGUGGCUGUCCCAUCCCUGGAAGUGUCCAAGGCCAGGCUGGAGCAACCUGGUCUACUGCAAGGUGUCCCUGGGGGAGGCUGGAUGGGCAUGAAGGGCCUUUCCAACACAAACCAUUCCAUGAUGCUUGCUUUGUGCUCCCCCACACCUGCACCCUGGGAUGUCUGAGUCUCAUUACCUGUAACCAGGAAGGUGGGAGCUGCACAGCUGUUCUCUCCAGAGCCACUCACACACAGGAGGGGAACAGGCAAAAGCCAGAGUUCAAGCAGUGUUGGACAACACUGUUAGGCACAUGGACGCUUGGGGUGGUCCUAUGCAGGGCCAGGAGCUGGAUUCAAUUAUCCUUAAGAGUCCCUUCCAACUUGGGAUAUUCUAUGAUUUUAUGAUCAGCAGCUCAUCCUCCCCACUCUGUCCCUUGGCUGCAGCCUGAAGCAUCCAACAUGCUUUCCAAGGACUUUGACUUUUUUCACCUGUUUUAGCAGGGUUGUUCCAGCCUCCAAGUGUCCAUGCUCCACUCUCUCUUUACUGGAAUUUAAAAGUACAUUCCCCACCCUCCCCAAAAAGCCAACAGUGCCCUGUCUGACAGGAACAACUGACAAAUGGAAAAGGCUGAUUAAAGGCUGUAAAAUCCAUUCUAGCAUGAAGAGAAAGGGUGAAAGGUGAACACUUCCCCAGUACUGAUGUCGGGGCGUCAGGUGAGAGAGCUGAGAAAGGUUUUUUCUCCUGGUCCAGAUCCCUCACAGCCCCAGGGCACCCUUGGGCACAAUGAGUUCUAGGGGAGGCUGCACACCCUCCCAGGGCAGCAGUCCCUGCAGCAUUCCUAAGCACAAACCCCUGGAUGGCUUGGCAAGACCCCAAACUGGUGAUCAGGUGUAUAUGGGAGGAAGUUUCACACUGUUCUUACCUUCCUCCCUGGGCAACUCUUGGAGGGUGCUGGAAGAGGAAAACAUGGCAUCUCCCAGGGAGCCUGCUGAAGCCUUCUCUCCACUGGUUUUCUUUUCACCAGGAUGAAAUUCUGCUGACUCCCUUCAGGGAAUUUCCUGCUGAGGACACGGACUCCUUUGCCUCCCCGAAUGAAGAGAAGUGGGAUUUUGUCCUGGUGAGUGACAUCCACGAAAUGGGCAGUGAGAAAGAGAUCAAGAGGAAGAAGUUCCUGGAUGAGCUGAGCAAGAAGGGCUUCACUAUCAAGAAAAUUGAGGACACAAAGCUCUUUUAUGGAGUCCAUGCCCCGCAGCACAUCUUCUGGAAAUACCAGUGUCUCCUGAAGAACCCCAACAGCAGGCAGCAAAACUCCAGUGCCUACCAUGACAUCCCAGUGACCACCAGGAUACGGAUCGUGCACUUCAUCCUGCAGAACACUGUGACGUCUGACUUAGAGAAGCUGCAUGACCUGAUGAAGAAGAAGGUGUUUGAGGCAGCAUUUCCCCUGCACAAGAAAGAAGAGAUAAGGGAAAUACUAAAGAAGAAGUGGGCUCGCUGGAGAGUUCUAUUUAAGGAACAGCCAAUUGAGGAGAUCAGGUGCUAUUUUGGAGAGAAGGUGGCCUUGUACUUUGCCUGGCUGGGCUGGUACACCUACCUGCUGAUUUUUGCUGCCCUGGCCGGGCUGGCAACCGUCGCAGCUGGGGCUACUGUUUUCAGUUCCAGCCAGGUGAGCAAGGAGAUCUGUGAUGCCAACAACACCAUCAUGUGCCCGCUCUGUGACCAGAAUUGCUCGUUUUGGGUCCUCGCUGACACCUGCACCUAUGCCAAGGUCACUCACAUGAUUGAUAAUGAGGCCACAGUGGUGUUUGCCAUGUUCAUGGCCAUCUGGGCCACUGUAUUCCUGGAGCUGUGGAAGAGGGAGAGAGCCAAUGUGGCCACCAGCUGGGACCUGUACGGGUGGGAUGAGGAAGAGGAGGAGCUGGCUCUUCAGCUGAUCAAUAACCCACAGCACGAACCCCGGCUGUACCAGCACUCCUACUUCCGCAGCACCAUCGUCCUCAUCUUGGCCCUGCUGAUGAUCAUGGUGCUGAUCGGCAUUGCCCAUGCCCUUGUCAUCUACCGGGCGGUGGCCAUGGCUCUGUUCACACAGAGCAAAGUGAGCCUGCUGAGCAAGCACGCCGACAUCAUUGCUGUGAUGACGGGGGCCGUGCUGCACUACAUCACCAUCGUCAUCAUGACCAAGGUCAACUGGCACGUGGCCCUCUUCCUCUGUGACCUGGAGAAACCACGGACCUUCUCCCAGCGGGAGAACAACUUCACCGUGAAGAUCUUCCUCUUUCAGUUCUUCACAAACUUCUCCUCGCUCAUCUACAUUGCCUUCUUCCUGGGACGGAUCAAUGGCCACCCAGGGCACUACGUGCGCAUCGCUGGUCACUGGAGGCUGGAGGAGUGCCACCCUAGCGGCUGCAUCACCGACCUCUUCAUCCAGAUGGCUGUCAUCAUGGUGCUCAAGCAGACCAUCAGCAACAUCAUGGAGUAUCUCAUCCCCUUGAUAUCCCAUCAGCUACGGAAGAAGAAAAAGCACCCCAAGAAGAGAAGUGUGAUGUUAGGAGAGGAGGAGGAGGCAGAGGACCCAUGCAAAAGGCAGUGGCUGAAUAACUAUGAACUCAACGAGGUCAACGUCUUCAGCUUGUUCAACGAGUACUUGGAGAUAGUGAUCCAGUACAGCUUCACCACCAUCUUCGUGGCAGCCUUUCCCCUGGCCCCGCUGCUGGCCCUCAUCAACAACGUCAUCGAGAUCCACAUGGACGCCAUCAAGAUGAUGCGGCUGCGCCGGCGCAUGGUGCCCAGGAAGGCCAAGGACAUUGGGAUCUGGCUGCAGGUCCUAGAGGCCAUUGGCAUCCUGGCUGUCAUUGGGAACGGGCUGGUGAUCGCCAUCACCUCCGACUUCAUCCCUGUGCAGGUCUACAAGUACAUGUACAGCCCCUGCAUGAGGGAGAACCACACCAGCAUGGACUGCUCCACCGGGUACAUCAACAACAGCCUCUCCGUAUUCCACAUCCAGGACUUCGAGCCCCACACCAAGGUGCUGCCAGAAUUUAAAGGGGAGCAGAUCAAGGAGUGCAGGUACCGGGAUUACCGGAAUGCUGAUGACUACACCUACACCGUCCAGUUCUGGCACAUCUUCGCAGCCCGGCUCGCCUUCCUCAUCCUCUUCGAGCAUGUGGCUCUGUGCGUGAAGCUGAUCGCAGCCUGGUACAUCCCCGAUGUCCCCCAGAAGGUCAAGAAUAAAAUUCUGACAGAAAAACACAGCAAUCUCCGUAAUGAACUCAGCACGACAGAAUACUCCACUGAGGUGUAGCCACCGCUCUCCAAGGAGAAGGAGAACACAGACUCGAGCCCCUUUCCCAGCCUGGCAGUGCUAGGGGUGCUGGAUGAACCCCACGACACAGUGCCACAUGUCCCACCUGGGACUGAGCUGGACUUGAGCUGGGAAGUGAUGACAAGACAGUGGCUUCACAGGAGCAGCUGCUUUCUGACUCGGGAAGGAAUGAUGCUGUGGCAGGGCCGGGAUGUGUCUCCCCGGCAUGGGGAGUGGCUGGGACAGAGCCCGGCGCUGGGGACAAGCCCAGGGGCAGCACCCAGAUGCUGUGCUGGAAGAGAUCACCUGGGUCCUUGUCACUCACUUCCUUAAGCACAGGAAACACCACUUACCUCGUUCCAGCCUCCCUCUCCAGCCCUUUUGUUGCACUUUGGCCUCUUUUUCCACUGCCUUCCGUGACCUCCUCGCUGCCGCACCCGUGGGGAACUUGAGUCCCUCUUCCACCAACCUCCUCCCCGGCACGACUCCCACAUGGCUGCAGCUCUGCCCUGCUGUCUCCAUGGACGCAGCUCCACCGUCUUUGGGGAAAUGCCGUUGUUAUCUCGCGUUUAGCUCCAGGCCCAGCCAGGUCUCAGAGCUGCUCCUGGCUCAGCCUCCGCCAGCCAUUGGUAUAUAAAUACAACACC